CCCUGGUAUCCCGCAGAUUAGCGUGAACGCGGUGAAUCUCGCGCCGGUCGGCGGGUAUAAAGCGCGCGCCUCCCGUAGGAGGCACCACUGUUCAUUCGGGAGCAACAUGAAGACCUUCCUAGUAUUCGCUGUCUGCCUAGUCGCGGCUCAGGCCCUGACCGACGAACAGAAGGAAAAGCUGAAGAAGCACCGCGCAGAGUGCCUCACAGAGACCAAGCCCGACCAGCAGCUCGUCGACAAGCUCAAAACUGGAGACUUCAAGACGGAAAAUGAGCCCCUGAAGAAGUACGUCCUCUGUAUGAUGAUCAAGUCAGAGCUGAUGACCAAGGACGGCAAGUUCAAGAAGGAUGUCGCGCUCGCCAAAGUUCCUAACGCAGCUGACAAACCCGCCGUUGAGAAGCUGAUCGACACAUGCUUGGCCAACAAGGGCAACACCCCGCAGCAGACCGCGUGGAACUACGUCAAGUGCUACCACGAGAAGGACCCCAAGCACUCCAUCAUCGUCUAACGACCGAACACAAUCACCCAUCGGAAUCCGAGAGGCGCCGGUUCCAAAUCCAACAACAUUUUUUAAAUUUACUUAAAUACACUUUGACAGCCGCAAAAUUACCCUACAAAUCUUGGCUUAUGCAAUAUAAAAAUCUAUUGUAACAACACUAGUCACUUUCACGGGUGUUUGUUCGACUCAAUUAGACCCUUGAGUUGUGCGGGUACUGUACCAAAUUGCAUUUUGUAGGUUGGAAUGGAAAUGGUUGUGAGAACCCAUAAAGUAUUAUAAGUACGUUAAGAAAACUGAACAUACUGCCUUACGAAUUUACUUUUUAGUUUGCAAAAUAAAAUGGGACUCCGUAUGA